AGCUCUCAAACUCUGCCAAACACCAUUGCUAUUGCCAAUUGACCCCGGUUUUGAAGCUUCUCACCCGCCUCGCAAUCACCAUCCUUACCGCAUAGCAUGCGCUUCGGCACCACCCUCCGCAAGACUAUCUACGCGCCAUGGAAAGACAAGUACGUCGAUUAUGACAAGCUGAAGAAGCUGCUCAAGGAGAGCGAUGGAGGGUCAUCGGUUGAAGAUGAUGACGACCAAUGGACGGCCGACGAUGAGAGCGCAUUCGUAGACGAGCUGCUGAACGUGCAGCUGGAGAAGGUGCAUGCGUUCCAAGCGGACACUUACCAGAAGCUACGGGAUCGGACGACGGCAUGCGAAUCGAAGCUGGACCCGUUAGCGAUUGGGCUGAAGAAAGAUGCUAGCGAUGAAGGGGAGGUCGAUGCUGCGGAUAAGAAGCUGGAGGUGGCCUCGCAGGAAAGGGAGAAGAUACUGAAAGAGGUGUUGGAGGAGUUGGACAAGAUCACGAAAGACGUCAAUGAGCUUGAGAAGUACUGUCGCAUCAACUACACAGCGUUAUAUAAGGCCACGAAGAAGCAUGAUCGGAAGCGUGGAGAAGCGUAUAAGCUCAGGGCCUUCCUUGAUACCCGCAUUGCAGAGCUACCGUUCAACAAGGAGGACUAUUCACCGUUGUUAUAUAGGCUGUCGGCCAUGUACUCGUUUGUGCGGCAGAGUUUAGACGGGAAGACGAAGGAAUCACUCUCCUUCGCUGACAGCCAUACGGGCGGGGAGAGCUUCACAUCAUACAAAUUCUGGGUCCACCCUGAAAACCUUCUUGAAGUUAAGACCGUCAUCCUUCGUCGCCUUCCCGUCCUUGUAUACAACCCGCAAACCUCUAAAGUUGCCGAAGGCUUCCAACGCGACCCGACCCUCACCUCCGUAUAUUUCGAUAACCCUAACUUCAAACUAUACACGGACAAGGUCAAUCAAGCGCCUGAUGCGGCUUCGCUUCGCCUACGCUGGUAUGGACAGCUUGCAGAUAAACCCGACAUUCUAUUCGAGAAGAAGACAAUCACCGACGGGAACAGUAGCGAGGAACAACGCUUCCCUAUCAAGGAGAAGUACAUUGAGCAGUUCAUUAAAGGCAAAUAUAAGAUGGAAAAAAGCGUCCAAAAGAUCCAGAACAGAGAAGGAGAAUCUAGCGACAGCGCGGAUAACUUCCAGAAAGCCGUCGAUGAUAUACAAGCCUUCAUCAAGGAAAACCAGCUUCAGCCUGUCCUGAGGGCAAAUUACACUCGAACUGCCUUCCAGAUACCUGGUGAUGACAGAGUCAGGAUUUCACUGGAUACUGAUCUAGCUCUCAUCCGGGAAGACGCAAUCGACACCGAGCGCCCCUGCCGAGACCCUGAGGACUGGCAUCGCAAAGACAUCGACGAUGCAUCCAUGGAAUACCCUUUCAGUGGAAUUCGUAAAGGCGAGAUCAACCGCUUCCCCUUUGCGCUGCUCGAAAUCAAAGUGAAAGGCUACAAGAAGUACGAAUGGGUCGACGACCUCAUGGAUUCGCAUCUCGUCAAAGGAGCGCCACGUUUUUCGAAAUUUGUCCACGGUGUCGCCAUGCUCUUUGAAGACAGCGUCAACAGCUUCCCUUUCUGGCGCUCAGACGUCGAAUCUGAUAUUCGUCAGGAGCCUCAGCAGGCCUUCGAACAAGAACAGGACCGGAAAGCCAAAAUGGCUGAAGAGGAGUUCGCUGUUGGAUCCCUAUUCGGCACAAGACCAAGUGGCAGCUAUAGACCCUCUAUCAGCUCCCCCGUUAGCUCGCCCGCGGGCGCCGGUGGCAAAUCCCUGAAAGAUCGCAUUUCUGCGGGACGCUCUUCUCUCCCCUAUGCUACGAGCCCCACUUCUAAAGAAGACGUUGCGGAAGAGGAUUUAGACAAUGAAGACUCGCAAAUGCCUACUGCUGGCCUCACUAAGCCGAGUGGUAUUCGCUCCUUCCUCCCCUCAUUCUCCUCUUCCAAAUACGCCCGCGCGCACCAAACUCCCAACGCUCGACUACCCCCGGGCGUCUCGAAUCCAACCUCCUGGAUCAAAGACCAAGGUCCCGUCCGUGUCGAGGCCAAAGUGUGGCUAGCCAACCAGCGCACAUUCAUAAAAUGGCAGCACGUAGCCGUGUUGCUCGCUUCUCUGUCCUUGGGACUUUUCAACGCGGCUGGACCAUCGAAUAAUGUCGCCAGAGCUCUAGCGGUUGCGUAUACGAUCGUCGCUGUGUUUACACUCGUUUGGGGCUGGGCGAUUUACAUGAUCAGGGCGAAGAUGAUCAAGGAGAGAAGUCCAAAAGAUUUCGAUAACCAGAUCGGCCCCAUUGUUGUGUGUAUCGGGUUGGUGGUGGCGCUUUGUUUGAACUUCGGGUUUCAGUAUCACGCUAUGUUACAGAGGCAAGAGCAAAAACAUAGUAGCGCGGUGCAAAAUACAACUCUACUAGAGCCGCAGCGGAUUGAGUUGUUGUGAGAGAAGACAUACUGGCUUUUGGAAUUAGUGAAGGGCAUAAGUAAGCUCUUUAUUGUAUUUGGACUCGUCGUGACGCUCAGAUGAAUCUCGACGACGGAUGUCGCAAAACUGGU